UAAUAAUAAUAAUAAUAAUAAUGAUUGUUAUUAUUAUUAAGCCUAUCAUACUAUGAAAAACCAUGUGGAUACUAUUUGUAAAUACAAUUAAAUAUUGGAAAUUAACCAUGAAUUAUAAAAUAAACUUUAAAUAAAUAAAAUCAACAGUGAUAAAAUUGAAAUUUAUUUAUGAAAAAUAAAAUGAAACAAUUUUGGACUAACACAAACACAAUCAAAAUAUUGAUCGUAAUCAAUAAAUAAUAGAAAAUAAUAAUGCUACCAAUUGAGGAUAAUAUCACUAGUACCACUACUACUACUACUACUCCUAAUCAUAAUCAUAAUCAUACUAAUAUGAAUAAAAGUAAAGAAUUGCUCUUUUCAACACCAUUUGUAAACACAAUGAUUAUAAUUGGUAUUUUUUUAACUAUAUGCAGUAUUUGUACAAUAAUUGGUAAUCUUUUAGUAGUUUUAGCUAUUGGAUUAGUCAAAAAAUUACGUACACCAAGUAAUUUUUUAAUUGUUAGCUUAGCUGUAAGUGAUUUAUUAGUUGGUUUAUUAGUUCAACCAUUAGCUACAUUACGUGAAUUAUAUGGUUAUUGGCCAUUUGGUGAAGGUAUGUGUGAUAUGUUUAUUUCAUUUGAUGUAUUAAUGUGUACAGCGUCAAUUUUAAAUUUAUGCGCUAUAUCAAUUGAUCGAUAUUUAGCAAUUACUCGUCCAUUACGUUAUGCAGCAAAACGUACACCAAAGCGUAUGAUGAUAAUGAUAUUAAUAGUAUGGUUAUUUUCAGCAUUGAUUAGUAUACCACCAAUGUUUGGAUUUAAAGAACCAUUUGUUACUGGUUUAUGUGAAUAUAGUUCAAAUAUUAUUUAUCAAAUCUAUGCUACAUGUGGUGCAUUUUAUAUUCCAUUAAUUGUAAUGCUUAUAUUAUAUGGACGUAUACUUAUAUUAGCACGUAAUAUGGCACAUGCUGAUGCUAAACAACAACGUGUUGCGGAAUCAGUUACACAAACUAAUGCACAUAAUUCCUUAGAAAGUGAACCACCAGAACAAUAUAUGCAAAAAUUAAAACAGACAACUGCGACCACAACCAACAUGGUGGAAAACAAAUCUGACGUGUUAUUACUGCCUAAUAAUGAACAGAAUAACAUUGUCUAUUCAUCUAGUAACGCUAAGAAAGAGAAAUAUCCUUUACCCCCCUCAGAAUUAUGUCGAAGGCGUAAACCACGUCCAUUGAGAAGACUUAGUUACGGUGAUGAACUCCUUAUUAAAAAAUCAUUGGAUAUUAACGUGAAGAAUGUGAAAAAACCGACUGGUACUUCGGAAUGCUCAUCUACGUUGUCGUCUAUUGAACAAUUUGAACAACAUGUUAAAGAAUUGAAACAGUUAAGAGCGGAAUUUUUCGCCGCACCAUAUACACGACAUUCGAUUACUAUUAAUAUAACACAAUUAAGAAAUCGUAAUGACCAGAAAGAGAAUGAAAAUUUAUCAUCUUUAAAUACUUCUACUUUUAAUAAUAAUGAUAGUUUACAACAACAACAACCGGUGACAUUGAUACCUAAAAAUAAAUCUCUAUUAUUAACUGAUUCUAACCGAUCGAGAAACUCAAUAUUUUCACCACCUUUCUUAUCAGUAUCACAUUAUUUUGAUGGAUCUAGUUAUAUGAAUAGCUUAACACAAAUUUCUGAAGUUGCACCAAAUCCAUAUACUCUUAAUGAUAAUCUGAGAGAUGAUAAUAAAAAUAACCUCGAGGAAUAUAGUAGUAAUUUAAUGUUAACAUCACAAGAAACUACUCCAUUAAUAGUUAGCAGUACUGGUAUGCCAUUUACUCCAGGUAUUGGUGAUAUAAAGAGUGAUUUUUACUAUCCAUCAUCAUUCGGUACACCGUUAAUUGGACCUAAAUUUACUACAAUGCAUCCGGCACGCCCGCGACAGAGACCAUUUCAUACACCAAGAAGAUCAUUUACUACAGCUAAUGAAUAUAUACCCAUAAAUCGUCCAUUUCUAUUAGAUUUACCUAAUUAUACAAUUGAUCGACGAUGUAGUUCACCGUCUACAUCACAUAAUUUUCCUUGGAAUCAUAUUAUUAAUCGUAAUGUUAAAAAAGAUGCACAAAACUCUUUGGGUUUGUUUACAAAUACCCGGACAACUACAACCACUACUACAAUUACAAACGAUAACGAAAAUACAACGACUACCAAUGAUAAUAAUUAUAAUACCGGGAAAGUUAAUCACAUCAAUAUGCAUCAAAUGUCUUUCAGUUCUAAUCAGACUGAAAAUUUUAUCAUGGCUAAUCAACCAGGAAGUCUAGUUAGCUCAAAUUGGGUGUGUCCUAAAUUACCACCGGUGAAAAAACGUAAUUCACGUCAUCAAAAUGAAUCAAAAGCUGUUAAAACACUUGGAAUUAUUAUGGGAUGUUUUUGUUUAUGCUGGUUACCAUUUUUCAUUAUUGCACUAGUUGUUCCAAUACAUAAAGUGGUCAGUGGAAAAGAUAUGGAUGUUCCAGAUGUGGUUAGAAGUAUAUGCCUAUGGUUAGGUUAUUUAAAUUCAACUAUUAAUCCAAUCAUAUACGUGAUAUUCAACCGAGAUUUUCGGUUACCAUUUCGAGAAAUACUUUUGUGUCGAUGUCGUGGCAUGAAUGCACGUUUAAGAUCACAGAAAUAUGCUUUAGAAUAUGGUGUGGCAACCUCAAAUGCAAGUCAAGGGGGAGGUGGUUGUACUGGAGGUACUGUUGGAGUUGGUUUUACUGGUGCAGGUUGCAGAUUUAGUAUUUCUGGACCAUCAAUUACAAACAAUGAGAAUAAUAAUAUUAAUAGUUCUAUAAAUGGAAUCACUAGUGUUUACAGUGGAGGUAUAAAUUUAUACAAUAAGACGAGAUCUCCAAAUAAUUCAUAUCAUAACACUGUGAAUACUUAUCAAUUGGAACGAUUCAGAAAUCAAUCAAAUCUGGGUUUUAGGCAUUCAGGUCAGAUAGACAACUUUAAUACAUCAACUGGUCGAUCUACUAGAUAUCAAAGUGGAUCCGUUUCAUUUAAUCGAUAAAUAAUUAAGACAGAAAAUAUAACUUGUUUUAUUUUAUUCUCUACAUAUUUCAUCAUCAUCAUUUCCAUUAAUAAGUGGAACUGUGAAAUUUCCAAAGAGAAAUACACCGACUAUUCAAUGGUUCAAUUAUCGUCUUUCAUUAAAUAUCAAAGAAAUUAUAUGUAAAUUCUUCAAUACAGAUAUGAAAACCUAAUAGAUAGAUGAUUAAAAGUAAAAACAAAAGAAUACUUUACAUUAUUUUCCUUUUUAAAUUUUACCAAGAUAGAAACAUUAAGUAUUGAAAAGAUAACAAAUUAUUGUGUUUAUAUUACCUUACUAUUUUGGAUUGUUUGUUUUUCUUAUUUAUCACUUGCAUAGAUUUAGCCUUGAUUAGUAUAAUGCAAAUUUUGAAUGUUCUUUUAUCCAAUCUGUUCACAUUUCUAUGUAUUAAACAUUCUUUCCACCGCUUCUUAUCUGUUCAUAUUUUCUUUUCCUACUAUUACCCGGCGUUUCAAUGUCACUAUUUAUAAAAUAUUUUUUCAGAUAUGGUUAUUUUUAUUGAAUGUACCAGUGUAAUCACUAUUCACCGCUUAUCAUUAAACUUUAUAAGAAAUUCCUAUACAUUUAUUGAAUUAAAUUGUACUGCGCCAAUGUUUCAACAUAUUUGCUUUAAAUACCCCAUAACAACCAAACAAAUAAAUUAGUAAAAACUAAAGAAAUUUAUGUGACUCAAUUAUUGAUUGACUUUCUCCUGUAUUCAUUGACUUAUUCAUUGUUAACGAUCACUAAUUUGAAAGUGUAUGCAUCGUAGAAUUCACAACACUAUACAUUAAAAAACUGAAACAACUGUAACGACAGUGAACAAAGACAUGAAAGGAAAUAGUCAAUGAUUACAUGAAUAACACAAAAUAUUCUGUGUAUGUACACUUAAGAAAAAUUCCCAGCUAUCUGCAUACUUAUAUAUAUAGAUAUAACAUAUUUGCUUCACUUAAUCAGUGUUCAUAAAACAUUGCAUUAUAUAAUCAUUAUGUUUUUUUGUCUCUUUUUCUUUUCUCUUCUUGUUCACACGGCAAAAGCAAAUCAGUAAUAAACUUAGAAAAUUCUUUCUUUUUCUUCUUAUUGCAUUUAAAUGCGCUUAUCGAUACUCAAACUUCCAUAAUCAUUUUGUUCUCUCAAAUUCUCUAUAACCUAUAUAGUUUGUUCCUAGAAUUAACACUAUAUAAGUUUGUAAGAUAUAUAUAUAUACAUAUAGACACAUAGAUACAAUACAUUAAUAUAUUGUAUAUAUGAAUCUGUAGUCUCUUGGCUUGCUCAUAUUGUAGUAAGCACAUCAUGUGAUCAUUGUAUAUUUCGUGUUUAUUAAUUAUAUCCUUUCUAUUUACCUGUGUUGUUAAUUUAUUUGUUUUCUUUUUCGGACAGAAGUUUUGAGUAUAUUCAAACAUGAGUCUUAUUCGAUUCUACUUUUCUCUUCUGUUAAUUCUUCACAUUUCUUCCUUUCACGUUCAUCUUCUUUGAUUUUUAUCACUAUUAUCAUUAUUAUUAUUAUUACUAUUUUAAUUUUAUGAUAUGUCCAUUAGCAUAUCAUUCAUAAGAGAUGAAUAAAGUAAUAUUCAUAAAAGAAGAAUUAACCCGAAGAAAUUUAUUUGAUAAAAUAGUCAUACUCAGUGUACGAAUCCUUUCAUGAUCAUUUUAUUUUCAAAGCUGUACAGCAGUAUGUAAAUAUUAUAUAUAUAAUUUAUUAAUCAGUG